GCGACUGGCUGCUGGGCUGUGACGUCAUGUUGGCGGGCUCCGGCGGCCGCUCCAUCCGUCAGACACCAUGAGGCGUUCGGUCAACUCCAUCGUCGCCGUCUGUCCCAACAUGGGCAUCGGGAACGGCGGCAACCUCCCGUGGCACCCGAUCCGGCUGAGCAAAGAAUUCAGACAUUUCCAGAAGAUGACAUCCACCCCUUCAGUAGAAGGGAAAUGCAAUGCUGUUAUUAUGGGACGGAAAACCUGGUUCUCGAUUCCAGAGAAGAACAGGCCACUUAAAAACCGAAUUAAUAUUGUACUCAGCAGAGAACUUAAGGAACCGCCGGAAGGUGCACAUUACCUGGCACAUGACUUGGACUCUGCACUAGCUCUGCUGGAUUCAUCGGAUCUGCAGGACAAAGUGGAUCUCGUGUGGAUAAUCGGUGGUAGUGCUCUCUAUAAGGAGGCCUUGGAAAGCCCGGCUUCACAUCGAUUAUUUGUGACUCGUAUUCUUCAAGACUUUGAGAGUGAUACUUUCAUACCCGAGAUAAAUUUGAAUAAGUUCAAACUGCUUCCUGAGUUCCCUGAUGUUCCUACAGGCGUUCAAGAAGAGAAUGGGAUCCAGUUCAAAUUUGAGGUGUAUGAAAGAAUCACCCCUGUGUAGUGGAAAGGAAAUCUAUGUCGAUGUACAGGUGAAUUGUUGGCAUUUCUGAAAAAGCUAAAGUUCUACUUAUAUUUGUAGAGAAUGAUUACUUCUAAUGUUUAAAAAUUAAUAAAAUUCCGUAAGAAUCUUAAAAAUAGGGGCAUUAUUUUGAAGACCAAAAGCAUCAUUAGAUUUCCUCCACCAUUUCCAACUUGAGCCAUCAUGAUUGACUCAGAAUGCAAUCAUGGAUUUGACAGCCACAUCAGAGGCUGAGUAUUUGUGCCAACUGAUCCUUCAUCUCUGUCAAGCCUCCUCGCCAUGUGCAAGGCUAAAAUCGGGAGUGUGAUGGGAUCACUUCCACAUGUCUGGAUAAGCACAUCUCCAAAAUCACAAGUUCAACACCAUCCACAAAAUAGCAACCUGUUCAAUUGGCACACCAUCCUCCAAAGUUGCAACUGCCGAUGAUGAGCACACCCUACUGAGUGGGAAUAUGCCCAAGUUCUUCCACAGCUACUGGAUCAGAGUCACUCAUGGCACUCGUGAUUGAACAGCAUUGUGUGAGUACUGGACCAUAUAGACUGCAGCGUUUCAGGUAGCCAUCAUUUUCAGGAGGAAAGGCAUGAGUAUAAAUGCUGCUCUUGCCAGUGGCAUCCAUGUAGCAAGACAUUUUUUUAAAUGUUCUACAAUGGAAACAUUUGUAAUUUCUCUUAGACUUACAGUAAAGACUUUUAAAUGGA